CUCGGUUUAGCAACGAGAAUAGCUUCAAAAUGGCGACUGGAGGUGCAGAGGGGUUUUCAAAGGUUUAAUUUUUAGGGAUAUUAUUUCAUUUUCUGCAUAGUAUUUCGAACCAAACUCAUUUUUAGAGAUGUCGAUGAUUGCAAAAAAUCGAAUAAAAAGUUCAUGGACUCCGCUGAGUAACGAGGACACAAAUAACAAGAUUUUUGAAGAGAGAUUUUCAUUGUUGGGAAAAUGGUAUGACAAAUGGACAGAUGAACAAAGAAGGAGAGUUUUAGAGGACCUACUAAACAAAUCUAAAAUAAAACAACUGAAAUAUGUACAAGAUAUCGUAAAUGAAAAAGUACCAUGUAUUCGUGAAGACUUUACCAGAGAACUUCCUAAAAUUUUGUCCAUUUAUAUCUUCUCUUUUUUGGAUCCAAGAAGUUUAAGUCGUUGUGCAAGGGUGAGCUGGUACUGGAAAACUCUUUCUGAAACGGAUUCUCUAUGGAUGCCUAAAUGUCUUCGAUUUGGCUGGUUUCUGCCAUUUACCCCUAGUCCUUAUGAAGUUGGUGUUUGGAAGAGAAAUUACAUUGAAAAUAUAAAAUACAUCCAUGUGCUAAGACCACGGGAUCCAACACUGAUGCUUGAGAAUCUGCAGCUGGAGACGGAGAGAAAGCGAGUGAAGUCAGCCAGAGCCAGUAAAGACAAAGACAAAAAGAUUCCAUGGAGAGGUUCAGACCCUAAACCAAAGGACACAUGGCGUAACAAUGUCCUAGAUAAUGACGAUGUUGUGGACAGUGUCAAAAAGAGACGAGACAGAGGUUACUAUGGUUAUGAAGCAGAUGAGAUUGCAAAGAAUGCCAGGAGCAAAAUUAAAACAGGAACCAAUGUUAUGAACCAAACUAGGAAAUCCCAGUCAUUAUCUCAAUUGUAUAGCGAGGAUUCAACAAUUGGACAGCGACCUCAGUGGGCGACCAUGACCUCACCCUACGUGUCAUUUGAGGCCAAGGUCUUAGACAAGAAUAAGCGCAACAUAAGUCCAACUCGCAAUAACACAAACUCUACACACACAUUUUCACCGAUUAAAUCUGGCUCAAGACCUGUCACAGCAAGAUCAGAACGAGAUCCUCCCACUGCCAGAUUGUUCCCCGAGAAGCCAUGGACAGUUCCAGAUGAAAUGGACUCUGAAGAGGAAAUAUAGAAUAUCCCGGUCUAUGUCUUCAGAAUUUGGACAUUUCAUAUAUAUCCAUAUGUUUUUGUCAAAAUCAAUGUCAUACAUAUAUGGGCAAGAAGAAAGGAUUCGUGUAUUGGAUUGUUUGUGGAGAGAGAACCUAGAUAAGAUGUUCAUAUGUAUGUGAAUUAUCGAAAUUAAGUGUAAUUUUACAACUUGAGGAAGUGUGUAAAAUAUUAUUUUUAUGUAGAUCUUCCAGGAUGUAGAUGUCACUGUUACUGCGGGUUAGUAGAUUAGUUUAAAGCUGUUUCUGAUUUAUUAGUCCUUUUAUUAUGAUAUUUAUUUUUAUGUAGUACAAAUGUACUUGUAUUUAUUGUCUGUGUUACAAAAACAUUCCAUCCACAGCAUACCGUCCAAUGUAAUAUGUACACAUUGUCCCACACUUAAGUGUAAAGUCAAUUUCUUUUAAUUUCUUAUAAUAGUAUAACCCUACAUAAAUUUUGGGUCACAAUUUAUAUCAAGGAUAGAAAAACACUGCUUAUUCCACAGCUCGUCUUUUUUAUGGUGAACAAACAUAUGUUUUAUAAAUCUAUAUUUAGUACAUGUAUGUAUAAUUACACUGUGCUUCUAGCUCUGGCAAAGAGCUAUUCGUGUAUUACUAAUUUACUUAGAAUAUGAUGUAGAUCGUUGAACUUCAGAUAUUUGGUAUGAAUUAAUGAUAUACAUGUAAUGAUAUACAGAUAUGAUAUACAGAUGCUGAAACAUGUAUUUAGUCUGGGGGAUUUUUUUGCUAAUAGUUUUUUUUUUAAGGGUUUUGUUCUUUCUUUAUGAACUAUAAAUAAGGUCAACUUAUGGAUAAUUUUAGAAAUUUUUGUUUUUCCCAAAUGAAAUCUCAUGGAUUUAUUUAUCUUUUUAAAUUACCUUGAUAAAGUUUUGAUAAUUUUUUUCUCUCUAUUUUGAUAGACGUUCCUCAAAAAAUUUUUCUAAACGUUAUUUAUUUUAAAUUUGUAUGUACUGGUAUAUGAUGUUUGACCUUACAACUGUUAUAAAAUUAUGGUUUCUGUAAAUUUAUAUAUGUAUAAGUGUAUGUAAAUGAGCCUCUACGAUUUUGAUAUUACAUAAAUAUACAAUGUUGCAUGAAUGUUGUUGGAAUUAAAUGCUUUAGUACAGAUUCA